ACCAAAUCACUCGGUGAUCCUUUAGUCUGGCCUUAUUCCGACAGGUCAGAGGUCAAUCUGCGCGCCUUCCGUCCAUCUACUGUUGAGGAGCAGCAGUUUGUGACAAACUAAAAGUCACAGAGCGACUAAUGUUCGGGUUUUUUCUUUAAAACAGCCCAAUACAGCUACAACAAAGAACAGCAGUUUCUCACCAGGGAGUACGCUUAUUGUUGUUACCUUAUCGGUUAGCCUAGCUAGCCUGGUUAGCCACUUUAGCUGGCUGUUGAAGAAAGUACUAGCUAGCUACAUAGCUAGCUACAUAGCUAGCUCAACCUCAAGCUAGCUAACCGAAAACGAACAUUUCUUUGACCGGAGCAAGACAAACUAACGCAGACAUGCAGGACAUGCUGGCUACCGUGGAUCACCUGAAGUUUGACCUGGAACUCGCUGUGCAGCAGCAGCUAGGGGCACAGCCUCUGCCCUUCCCCGGCAUGGACAAGUCCGGGUCUGCUGUGUGUGAGUUCUUCAUGAGAGCAGCUUGUGUGAAAGGUGGGAUGUGUCCGUUCCGUCACAUCAGCGGAGAGAAGACGGUGGUGUGUAAGCACUGGCUCAGAGGACUGUGUAAGAAGGGAGACCAGUGCGAGUUUCUUCAUGAGUACGACAUGACCAAGAUGCCUGAAUGCUACUUCUACUCCAAGUUUGGUGAGUGUAGCAACAAGGAAUGUCCAUUCCUGCACAUCGAUCCAGAGUCCAAGAUCAAAGACUGUCCCUGGUAUGAUCGAGGCUUCUGCAAACACGGUCCCGACUGCAGACACAGACACACAAGAAGGGUGAUCUGUAUGAAUUACCUGGUGGGCUUCUGUCCAGAGGGAAAAUCUUGUAAAUUUAUGCACCCUCGUUUUGAAUUGCCUAUGGGAGCUUCUGAACAACCUCCUCUGCCACAGCAAAUUCAGAACCAGUCAAAGCCUAUGCCUUCCAUCGGCCGCUCGUCGCUCUCUCUAAUCCAGCUGACCAACUCCAGUCCAGGCAUGCGGCCGCAAAACCACAUGCCGAUGGCUCCUCCUCAGCAAAACAACAUGGGUGGCAACAGAGGGCCUCGACCACUGGACCAAGUCACCUGCUACAAGUGCGGUGAGAAGGGCCACUAUGCCAACAAAUGCACUAAAGGCCAUCUUGCCUUCUUGAGCGGACAGUAACCUUCAGCCUCCACAUCACCACGGUGCUGUAGCUCAGCCCCCCUGAUGUGAGGAGAGGAAGAGCAACUGAAGGGAGGAAGCCCCCUUUGCGCUACAGGCUGAAGUUGAACUUAAAGACUUUAACUGCCGCUGUUGUGUAUGUGUGUUCGUGUGUCACUUCAGGGUGAAUUUAUACAGACACAGGCAGUAGGGAAGAUAAUGAUAGCUACUAUAUCUAUUCUUUAUGGAUACAUGUAAUUAACGGAAAAGUUCACAAUCUGUGUGGCUGUGGUUCAAAUGACUUGUCAGUGUUCAGUUUUCUACAAUGUUUGUACUGUAAACCACACUGAAUAUUUAAAGACAUGACACCCAGGGUCCAACAGAGGUGCAGUGCUGUAUGUUGCUGCUUCUUUACAGGAUAUAAGCUUCCUUGGGUCAUGUGACUGCAUCAGUGACACCAGACCGGUCUUUCUAUCCUGCUACUUCUAGUAAAUCUGUCAGAUAAUAAAAACACGUGAUAAAUGCCAGUAGGAAUGUAUAUUAAUGCCGUUUAUACUCAACUAUUAUUUAGAGCCCAACCCCAUCCUGUAAUUGUGUGUACUCUCACGCCACAACCUAAAAUCCUUGUUUGCCAGUCAAAUUUGACUUUCGUUUUAAAUCCUGGGAAUAAAUUAAUUUGGCCCCGUGUUACAGCUGAAUACAGAUUGUACCCAGGACUGGGUAGAGCAGUUUGGCACAGCAAAAAAAAAAAAGCAUCUCAGGAUGAACUUCAUUGUGUUAAGUAUGACAUUUUUUACAAAUCUGUACAAAUAAA